AUGGUGUUCACCCAGUUAGAAUUUGACCUGUGCUUCUAUGGCAAGAAACUCAGAGGUUUCAAAUGCAAGUUUACCAGGUCAGAAAGUGGAUUUAUUCCAGAGACUUCGUGGGCCAUUGCCUUCCAUGUUUUUGUGCCACUCCUUCUGGCUGGCUUGGGCAUGGCGGCUGCUGGCCUAGUGAUGGAUGUUGUUCAGCACUGGGACGUGUUUCAGACAAUUACAGAAUUUUUCAUCCUGGUUCCUGCCUUGGUUGGUUUGAAGGGUAAUCUUGAGAUGACGCUGGCAUCCAGGCUCUCUACUGCUGCUAACACUGGACAGAUGGAUGAUGCCCAGAAGAAAUGGAAAAUGGCCACCUGCAAUUUAGCCCUUAUCCAGGUCCAGGCCACUGUGAUGGGAUUUCUGGCUGCUCUUCUUGCUCUGGCCCUGGGAGGCAUAUCCAAGAGCUCUGUGGACCCACGCGAGGCUCUCUUGCUGUGUGCCAGCAGUGUGACCACGGCCUUCAUAGCUGCAUUUUGUCUUGGUCUGGUGAUGAUUGGCGUUAUCAUCGGAGCAAGGAAAUUUAGGAUCAAUCCAGACAAUAUCGCCACACCCAUAGCAGCAUGCCUUGGAGACUUGAUAACCCUUUGCCUGCUGGCAGGAAUCGGCAGUAUACUCUUCAAAUACAGAGAUAUGAAAUACCUUGCUCCUCUCAUAUGCACUGCCUUCAUUCUCACGAUCCCUCUCUGGGCUGCUAUCGCCAAGCAAAAUCCUUCCCUUGCCGAAGUCCUGAAAUGUGGGUGGCAGCCGAUCAUCACUGCAAUGGGCAUCAGCAGCAUUGGUGGGCUCAUCUUGGACAAAACCAUAACUGCCGCACACUUUGAAGGCAUGGCAGUUUUCACACCUGUGAUUAAUGGUGUUGGAGGGAACCUGGCUGCCAUCCAGGCCAGCCGUAUUUCCACAUUCCUGCACUUUUUCGGCACGCCUGGAGUUUUGCCAAAGGAGAUGAGGCAGAAUUGGCCUGACCCAUGCACCGUAUUCUCAUCAGAAGUGCAUGCCAAGUCAGCCCGAGUCCUGUUCUACCUGGUUAUCCCAGGGCAUCUCAUGUUCCUCUACAUCAUCCGUCUGCUGCGGGGAGGCCACACAUCUCUGUCCGUCACCUUUGUGAUGUUCUAUCUGGUUGCUGCUUUGCUACAGGUGGGAAUCCUGCUCUACAUGGCUGACCUAAUUGUGCGCCUGCUGUGGAGGAAGGAGCUGGAUCCAGAUAAUUGCUCCAUCCCCUACCUCACCGCCCUGGGGGAUCUCCUGGGCACUGGAUUCCUGGCCAUCUGUUUCCACCUGGUUUGGCUCAUCCACGGUACAGACUGA